UAUGCGUCAUCGAAGCGUAUCCAAAGUCGAAGAUUCAAGAAGCUUCUGAGCACGAAGGCGGUCAGCUGAGCCCUUUACAGAAGAAUUUAUUGGCAGAGGAAAGAAGAGAAACUGCAAGCAGCGAAGGCAACAAACACCGCUACAUGGCCUUGGAGGGUGAAAGUAAGGGGGAAGAGGAGGACACCGAUGAGGAUGACGAAAACGAUGAGGAAGAGGAUGAGGAUGACGAGGAGGAUGAAGAUGAGGACACCGAUGAGGAGGACGAGGACGAUGAGGAAGAGGAUGACGAGGAGGAUGAAGAUGAGGACGCCGAUGAGGAUGACGAAGACGAUGAGGAAGAGGAUGAGGAUGACGAGGAAGAUGAUGAGGAUGACGAGGAUGAUGACGAAGAAGAUGACGACGAAGAGGAGGUGGCUAACAAAUAAGCAUAACACUGAGAUACCUAAAGUGGUGAAUAUUCAAACGCAGGCUCCACGUAAAAAUAAAUUUUUAUGCAAUAUUGGUCGGAAAUAAUUAAACAUAAAAGACGGGUACUGCAUGCACGCAACCGAACAGCUUUAUGUAUUGUUUGUGCGUCUCCUUCUAAGGUAUCCGUUUUGAAAUGUCCUGAAUUUCUUUAUCUCGUCGCAUAUAAUAUUCUACUACUAAUACUAAUACGCAGUACGUCUACUUUGGAACACAGUUACGUAGCUGCGUAGUUUUCCCUCAGUUAAGAAUAUUACGGAGUUUUCCAGUAAAACUAUGACUACACAAGAAAAAACAUUCUCGCCCUGUCUUGGUACAAAAUGUUCGAAUGCAUCCAUGUAUUUCUCGCAGAUUAUACAAGUCUAAAAAAUUGUCGCGCCAACGCGAAACAAUAAAAGCAGUAAAUCGACAUUGUGGCUGCAGGCAGCCGUACGUAUUUCUACCGUUAUUGGGGGAGAUUACGUUCCACACAUCUCACACUCCUUUAUAAAACACG